CCCAAACCUCCAUUGGACAGCUUAUCAGCAACAAGCUGGACUCCACUUGAUUGCUUUUCAUUUCUCUAAUUUGCCAGUUAAAUCGAUUUUAAAAGGAUAAUCGCCUUGCUAAACGUUGGUUAGCAUCGAAGUGGAUGAAAGCGGAAGAUGUCGUCUGCUUAUAAAGAUGGCGAGGAUUGGCUGACCGUCUGUCUCAAGUACCUGCUGUUUGUCUUCAAUUCGCUCUUUUGGGUGGGAGGUGCCGCCGUCUUGGGGGUGGGCGUGUGGACGGUGGUGGAGAAGAGCGAGUUCCUCAGCCUGCUGGCGUCCAGCACCUUCGCCGUCUCCGCCUACAUCCUCAUCCUGGCAGGUGGCCUGGUGGUGCUCACGGGCUUUCUGGGCUGCUGCGCCGUCAUCCGAGAGCAGAGGAGCUGCCUCUCAACGUAUUUCUUCUGCCUGCUGUUGAUCUUCCUCAUUGAACUGGUGGCUGGAGUUUUGGCGUACGUCUAUUACCAGAGGCUGAGCGAAGAGCUGAAGCAGCAUCUCAAGCAGACCAUGACCGACAACUACGCCCAACCGGGGAAGGAGGCCAUCACGUUGGCGGUGGACAAACUACAACAGGACUUCAAGUGCUGCGGCAGUGACAGCUACCAAGAUUGGAUGAGCAGCGUAUACAUCUCAUCCAAGCGCGCUGACGGCCGGCUAGUGCCCGACAGCUGCUGUAAGUCGGUCACGCCGGACUGCGGCUUACGGGAUCACCCGUCCAACAUCUACAAUGUGGAGGGUGGCUGCAUUACUAAACUGGAGCAGUUCCUGGCUGACCAUCUGUUAAUCAUCGGUGCUGUGGGGAUUGGAGUGGCCUGUCUGCAGAUCUGUGGGAUGGUGCUCACCUGCUGCUUGUACAGAAGGAUCAAGAUGGAGCCUUACUGACACAUUCCGAGUCGCCUGCGCUCCACAUUUCUUCUCGUCUUUUUUUUUUCCCCCGCUCCUCUGUGUCAUUUGCGUGUACUGACCAACGGAGCAAGCACGCCUUGCCUUUAAGCUUUAUUGUUGGACCAACUAAAGGGGCUGUUUAAACGCUUGAUGUUAGCGUUCAAGCUUGUCUAUGUGUCUGAAAUAUACCAAAAAGUGGAGCAGACACCGUAUAUAUUUUAUGACGUUGUGCCUGAUAAUUUUACCAAAAAGUGUGCUUUGAGUGUACAGGUCGUCCCUGGGUUACAAACGAGUUCGGUUCCGACGCUGGUGACAUAACCUGAAUUUCCGCUUAAAGUGGAAUUAACCCUUUAAGUAUCGCUAGAUACCCCCCAAAUCUCAAAAUAACUAUCCAAAAACAUAUAUUUCAUUGUACUAUCUUCGCCAAGACGUUGGAGCUAAGUCCUAGCUAGACAGCGAGCUAAGCUCCGAAAUGACGGUGUCAGAUGUCCGCGUGCUUUGCUGACUUUUCAUCAACACUUGCAGAAUGAAACUAAAAUAACAAUUAAAUUAAUUGUUUUAUCUUCAAUAACAGCAUUUUCAAACUUGUGUUUAUUACGAGCUACUGAUACAGUAAUAACAAUCCAGACAAAUGAUUAGCAUGUAUCAGUUAGCGUCAGCUUUUCAUUAAAAAAAAAUUAACAUAAAUUCGCCAAGUAUUUGGCCACAAUUGAAAACGCACAAUAAACAGUACAAAAGUUGUUAUAUACAGGUGUUGCAUCUGUGGAUGUUUCACAAGCAACAAACGUGCGCGCAAACUGGCAGCUGUAAUCUUUUCCCUCUGUCUCACUCGGCUGUGUGACUUCUUCGUCGGAGCAAAUGUGCUCUUCCUCGUGCGUGCGCUCUUCUUCGUGUGCGAAAAUAUAUUUUUCGUUGUGUGUACAGUGGGGCAAAUACGUAAGUAUUUAGUCAACCACUAAUUGUGCAAGUUCUCCCACUUGAAAAUAUUAGAGAGGCCUGUAAUUGUCAACAUGGGUAAACCUCAACCAUGAGAGACAGAAUGUGGGGGAAAAAAAAAGAAAAAAAAAAGAAAAUCACAGUUUGAUUUUUAAAUAAUUCAUUUGCAAAUCAUGGUGGCAAAUAAGUAUUUGGUCAAUACCAAAAGUUCAUCUCAAUACUUUAUUAUGUACCCUUUGUUGGCAAUAACGGAGGCCAAACGUUUUCUGUAACUCCUCACAAGCUUUUCACACACUUUUGCUGGUAUUUUGGCCCAUUCCUCCAUGCAGAUCUCUAGAGCAGUGAUGUUUUGGGGCUGUCGUUGCGCAACACGGACUUUCAACUCCCUCCACAGAUUUUCUAUUGGGUUGAGAUCUGGAGACUGGCUAGGCCACUCCAGGACCUUGAAAGGCUUCUUACGAAGCCACUCCUUUGUUUCCCUGGCUGUGUGUUUGGGAUCAUUGUCAUGCUGAAAGACCCAGCCACGUCUCAUCUUCAAUGCCCUUGCUGAUGGAAGGAGAUUUUCAUUUAAAAUCUCUCGAAGCAUGGCCCCAUUCAUUCUUUCCUUUACACAGAUCAGUCGUCCUGGUCCCUUUGCAGAAAAAAAGCACCAAAGCAUGAUGUUUCCACCCCAAUGCUUCACAGUGGGUAUGGUGUUCUUCGGAUGCAAUUCAGUAUUCUUUCUCCUCCAAACACGAGAACCUGUGUUUCUACCAAACAGUUUUAUUUUGGUGUCAUCUGACCAUAACACAUUCUCCCACUCCUCUUGUGGAUUAUCCAAAUGCUCUCUCGCGAACCACAGACGGACCUGGACGUGUACUUUCUACAGCAGGGGGACACGCUUGACAGUGCAGGAUAUGAGUCUCCGGCGGCACAUUGUGUUACUGAUAGUAGCCUUUGUUACUGUAUUCCCAGCUCUCUGUAGGUCAUUCACUAGGUCCCCCCAUGUGGUUCUGGGAUUUUUGCUCACCGUUCUUGUUACCAUUUUGACGCCAUGGGGUGAGAUCUUGCACGGAGACCCAGAUCGAGAUUAUCAGUGGUCUUGUAUGUCUUCCAUUUUCUAAUAAUUGCUCCCACAGUUGAUUUCGUUACACCAGGGAUGCCCAAUCCCGGUCCUCGAGAGCCCCUAUCCAGCUUAUUUUCCGUGUCUCCCUCCUUUACCACACCUGAAUCAAAUGAUCAGCUCAUCAGCAAGCUCUGCAGCA